AUGCGACUCAGUUACAAGAGCGAAAUUGGCGCCAUCUGCACAGCGUGUGUUGCGGCUGUGUGUUUCGUCGCGCUUCCGCGUUCUUACCUCACCGUGGCGGUGCCGGUGUGGCUUGUUGCUCAGCGGCUCGUGGCGCGUGGGUUUUGGAAUUACGUGCAGCCACCACAGAAGGGCAUUGAACGCAAAAUUUCCAAGGAAUGGAGCGAGGGCGUGCUGCCGCGGGGGUGGCGUCCGGGAUUUGUGAUGUCGCAUGACAUGAAGGAGGAGGAGCGACCCGUGGCGGUCGUCACGGGGACAAACAGCGGCAUUGGGUACUACACGGCCGUGGGCCUCGCGGUGGAGGGGUACCGUGUGGUGUGCACCUGCCGAAACCCGGCCCUCAGUGAGUCUACUGCGGUGAAGAUUCGCGAAGAGGCGGAGGGUGCUCGACGCAGGCGCAGCAGGGACCCGAGGUACGCUGAGGUACCAGAAACAGUUCUCGUGGACGGUCGCUUUUCCCUCGAAUGCGAUGACUUUGCUAGCGUUCGACGGUUUACAAAUCAGUUUCAGGCGGCAUACCAGCGUCUCGACGUACUUGUGAAUAACGCUGGUAUGAUGCGGAAGCGACUGGAGUUUAGUCGGCAUAAUUCCAAGCUUGAGCUCCAUACUGCGGUCAACUUUCUAGGUCCGUUGCUGCUAACAGAACUUCUUGUGCCUUUCAUUCAGCAGAGUCAGGGACGUGUGGUGUAUGUUUCAUCUGAAGCCCACCGUUUUCCGCAAAUGUCGCUGGAACCGGGUCUCUGGAAGAGGUCGCCGAUCCCAUGCCUUAAUGGGCGUCUAUUAUCUGUUCUUCAGCAGCUCAACCAGGGCGAGUCCGGUUCAACGGGUCCGCUAACGCAAAGGACACUGGGUGGGGCGUUUGUUCGCUAUGGCACAAGUAAACUGCUCAAUAUUUAUCACGCGCACUACAUUGCACGGCAUCACAGGCUGCCUGUUUGCUCCCUGCAUCCUGGCUGUGUCGGGACAAAUUUCUCAAAGGAUCUUGUGUCUGGGGAGUGGAUCAAACGUAUCUAUCAGUAUGUCUGUCUCCUCUUCCUAAAGACAUGGGAGGAGGGGGCACAGACGACGUUGCACUGUACGAUGUGUGACGUUGAUGAAUUGAGGCUUGUCAAGCCGUUGAGGGGAUCACCACAAACUGAGCCCGUUAGCCCGUACUUUGUGGAGUGCCGCAACCAGACACUGGAGGCAUUGCUGUCAUAUGGCUGGGAUGUUGAGGAAGCAGACCGCAUUGUGGAGUGGGGGAAACAGUUGGUUGGGUUGACACAGAAAAGUGGUUAA